CCGCCGCUGCUGCGGAAAGCUGGGCUCUGGCUCUCUGAGUCGAUUGUGACCAUGGCUGCUGAAUCCGAUGUUCUGCACUUCCAGUUUGAACAGCAAGGAGAUGUAAUCUUGCAGAAAAUGAAUCUCUUGAGACAGCAGAAUUUAUUUUGUGAUGUGUCAAUUUAUAUUAAUGACACCGAGUUCCAGGGACACAAGGUGAUUUUAGCUGCUUGCUCUACUUUCAUGAGAGAUCAGUUUUUACUCACACAGUCAAAACAUGUCAGAAUCACCAUCUUGCAGAGCGCAGAAGUUGGCAGAAAACUGUUGCUCUCUUGCUAUACUGGAGCACUUGAAGUUAAAAGGAAAGAGCUUUUGAAGUACUUGACUGCUGCUAGUUACCUGCAGAUGGUUCACAUUGUGGAAAAGUGCACAGAAGCUUUGUCAAAGUAUCUGGAAAUUGAUCUUUCAAUGAAAAAUAACAAUCAACAUACUGACCUGUGUCAAUCCUCUGAUCCAGAUGUUAAGAAUGAAGAAGAAAAUUCAGAUAAAGACUGUGAGAUAAUUGAAAUUUCAGAAGAUAGUCCUAUAAAUAUAGAUUUUCACGUAAAAGAAGAGGAAAGCAAUGUUUUACAGUCUACAGUAGAGUUGACAUCAGAGAGAAAGGAAAUGAAGUCACCAGAGCUGUCUUCAGUAGAUAUUGGUUUUAAAGAUAAUGAAAUUUGUAUCCUCCAUGUGGAAUCUAUUAGUACUGCUGGUGUAGAAAAUGGGCAGUUUUCUCAGCCUUGUACCUCUUCAAAAGCAAGCAUGUAUUUCUCUGAAACACAGCAUUCACUGAUCAAUUCUACCGUUGAGAGCAGAGUGGCAGAAGUUCCUGGGAACCAAGAUCAGAGCUUAUUUUGUGAGAAUACUGAAGGAAACCAGGGUACAGUGAAUGAAAUUCAGAAUCUGGAGGAUGCUUAUUCACUGAGGCACCAGUGCCCCAGGUGUCCUCGAGGAUUUCUUCAUGUUGAAAACUACCUGCGCCACCUUAAGAUGCAUAAGCUGUUCUUGUGCUUACAGUGCGGGAAAACAUUUACGCAAAAGAAAAAUCUCAACCGGCAUAUUCGAGGGCACAUGGGCAUACGGCCCUUUCAGUGUACUGUGUGCUUGAAGACAUUUACUGCUAAAAGCACACUUCAGGACCACUUGAACAUACACAGUGGAGAUCGCCCAUACAAAUGCCACUGUUGUGACAUGGAUUUCAAGCACAAAUCUGCCCUCAAAAAGCACUUAACCUCUGUCCAUGGCAGAAGCAGUAGUGAAAAACUACCCAGGCAUGAUCUCAAAAGGCAAAAUCUACUAUAAUUAGAACCACACCUUGCUACGUAAGCCUUAUAUAAUUCUGUUAGGCAAGUUUUUCUACAGAAAUGCAGCAUCUGUUAUAUUGCAUCCCCCCCCCCAUCUUUGGGUCUUAAUUUUGGUCUGCCUACACAUGUUAUUCUUUCUGAACUUCUACUAACAGUUCUAAAGUGUGGGAGACAUGAUAAAGCUAAUGGGAUGCUGUCUUAUCUCAUAUAGUAUAUGUAAGUCCCAGUG